CAUAGUGAUGGGCGGGUGGAUAGUCGGGGACACGGCCCAGGUCCCUGUACUUGUCAUGAGCGGUUAUCAUUCUUGCUAAAUACACUGAAUAGACCAGAAAACAAAGGGAAUGCUAGCAUGAGCUGGGAAUAUCUGUAACACUCUCGCAGGAUGAGGAAAUGAGAGACAGGCUUGACAAUUCAAGGAUGCAUGUGGUAUUCUGAAGAGACCACUUGAAGAAAAUGCUGCUUCAGAAAAGUGUUGGUCCUAAAUUGGCCUGCAGCAAAAAAGAUUGUGCCAGUGGUGGGUCUGUGAGCAAUUCCAGUGUUCGAGGCACCCGGUCAGAAGCGGAGCUCCAAGAAAUGAUGGACAGCUUGCAGCGAAGGAAGGCAGCUGUGGAAGCUAGCAUACGGGCUAAUGCAGAGCGCCACCCCUACCUCAGCCUGUCCCCUCCACCUAGUCCUCAUUCCACUAAAUCACUCCUUCAAGAGCAUUCGUCCCUCUCGGUUCGAAUCCCUUCCUCCUACAGUCUCAUUAUGCCUCAUUCCACUCAUCAUUCCGACUGCCCAGUAAGCCCAGUCUACACCCAUACUCACACCUUCCACCAGUCUCAGAACAACCUUUCACACUUUCAAUGGUUUGACAGCUGCCGACCCAGCACAGCUGGAUCUGAUCUCCCCAUGUGGAAUAGUACCUCCUACACAUCAGAUGCUUUUAAUGUAUACUACCGUGGCCCUAGUGGAGCUGCAAGCAUGCCCUCCAGUCCUAGGCUGGGCCGAAAACUUCUAGCACGAGAUGGAGAUGCCAUUAAUGAUCCUCCCCCUCGCCAGAGGAAAUAUUCCACUGGUUCUCUGAAUGGGUUAGGAGGACACAGCCGUUCCCUUCCCAGGCUGUAUCGAGGGGAUGCUCCUUCCCUCUCUCUGCCUCCUCAGCGCUCACCCAGGUCAAGAUGCAGCCUCCCAUCCCUUGACCACCCUCCAGAUGUGACUGUAACAUCCCUGAGAAAUUAUCUUGGCCUCAAGAGGACACUCUCAUUUGGGAAAGGAGGAGUAGGUCCAGGGAUGGGCCAGUGGACAGGCAGCAUCAAUUCACUAAGCAGCAAGAAAGAGCUUCGAGAUUACCAUCAGAGACAGAGAGACGAGAGGUUACGUGAACAGGAGGUGGAGAGACUGGAACGUCAGCGUCUGGAAACCAUACUGAGCCUAUGCUCUGAACUGGGCAGCUCAGAAUCAAGUUGCCCAGAACGCAGUUCUGGUGACUGUGCCUUAUCUGACCUGCAGAAGAUUAAUCAUGAGCUGGAGAAACUGCAGGUUUUGGAUAAUGAGUCUGCAUUCUCUGACUUGGUCAUCAUAACUGCUCCAGAGGAUGGCUCAGUGGUUAAGGGUAGAGGAGAGAGACAGCUACAGACCACGAACAUUCUACGAACCUCUGCAAGUUCUCCCUCACCACACAUGCAUGGCAAGACAUCAGAAGGCAUGCAGAUUAAGCAGGAAGUGACCCAGAUAGAGGAGCAGAGGAUUCAAGUCCUCAACAACAUUGAAGAGUUGGAGCAGAAGAUCAAGGAUUUAGACACACAAUUGGAUGAGUCUAUCAGAGAGAUGGAGGUAGAGAGGGCACUGUUGGAAGGUGAGCAGAAUGAAGAGCUCACUCUCCUGCAAGCAGAUAAGGAGUCACUAGAAAAGCUAAAUGAAAAGAUGAGCAAAAUGGAGAAAACCACAAAUACUGAUACAACUGACAAGGACAAGGCACUGUUGGAGACUGAGAGAGUUAAACUAGAGAAGCUAGCAGAGCUGGUCUUGGAGCAGAAGAGCCAGUUGGACUCAUGUCCUGAAGCACUGAAGGAACAGCUUCAGAGUCAGCUUGUCAGGGACACAGAGAUGUUGGAGACAGAGAUGAAGCAUUUUGAGGACCUUGAGUUUCAGCAGCUAGAGAAAGAGAGCAGCCAGGCUGAAGAGAAAGAGACACAGAUCCAGCAACUCUUUGAAGAGAUUACUGAGUACCAGCACAGCUUAGUCAAACACAAGGAGAGGUUCCUGACUUUGAAGAAACAAACCACUGAGAUUACCCUGCAGGCUCAGCGGGAGAAGGAAAACUUCCUGAAAGAGAAGAGCAAUCUGCAUGGCAUGUUACAAAGGGAGCGAGAGUGUCUUUCCAUUCUGGAGAGGAAGUAUGCAGAACUGACAGGUGGCCAGGUCUUCCCUCUGAAUCAUGCAUCUAUGAAAGAGAUCCAUCUUCCCCUGGCUCAGAGUUCCAGCUGUAGUAGCAUUCCCCCUCAUGCUCCCUUUCUCACCCCAAGAAACAAUUGCUGCCUACUCAAGGCUGGUCACCUGUAUUUGAAUGAUGGCAGGCAGAGACUGAAUGAGAUAAGCAGCAGGGCUGUGUCUGAGUCAAACGUUUACUUGAACACCUUUCGUCAUUUGGAAAAUGGUGCCAACUUUGAUACUGCCAGUGUGGAGACUAGUUCAGACAGCCUGCAGACAAGCAUCUCGGCCUGCUCUCCUGACAACAUCUCCAGUGCCAGCAUAUCUAAUGUGGUUAAGAUCGAGGAGAUGGAGCGUCUGCUCAGAGACGCACAGGCAGAGAAGAAAAGGCUCCUGGAGCACAGGGAGAGAGAAAUUGAGCUUCGCCGACAAGCUCUAGAGGAGGAGAGAAGAAGACGAGAGGAGCUGGAAAGGCAACUUAAAGAGGAGACCAACAUAAGGCAGAAACUUAUCGAAAGGGAGGUAAUGCUCCGGGAGAAACAAAGAACACAGUCUCGUCCAUUAACACGUUACCUGCCAGUUAGGAGGGAUGACUUUGACCUACGGAGUCACAUUGAGGCAGCAGGUCAUCAUCCUGACACCUGCUUUCACCUCGUUAUCACUGACAAGACAUGCCGAGGCUCUCUCAUCAAGAUGGGGGGGAAAAUCAAAACCUGGAAAAAGCGCUGGUUUGUUUUUGACCAAAAUCGCAGAACCCUGGCAUACUAUGCAGAUAAGCAUGAAGCAAAAACAAAGGGUGUCAUCUACUUCCAGGCUAUUGAAGAAGUGUAUUAUGAUCACCUUAAGAAUGCACAUAAGAGUCCAAACCCUUCACUGACAUUCAGCAUAAAAACACAUGAUCGCGUGUAUUUCAUGGUAGCGCCAUCUCCAGAGGCCAUGCGGAUCUGGAUGGAUGUGAUUGUUACAGGAGCAGAGGGUUACUCACACUUUCUGGUUUGAGCAGCAGCUUUCUGCUGUUUGGUUCAGCCUUCAGAAAGAACUUGCACCCUGGUACUUGCUGCUAUUUGAGCAAGGCUUUUUCAAGCUUACCUUUAUAAUUGACAUUAUAAUACAGUGAUGUGAGAAUCACAACAAAGUAUAGAAAUACUGGUGCUUUCUUUCAGUACAGCUUUUCAGUUCAGAAGCUGGAAAAGGAUAUUAAAUGUUAUCAUAGCCAGUUCUGAUGUUUUUUUUCCCCUCUAUGUCCUAUUUUUGAGUUUUAGUGUGAUGUAGCUCUGGAAACACCUUUUUGCAUGACACCAAUAUUUUGCUUUUGCCCUAUUUUAUUCCAUUUUAGGAACAUGCUAGCCUAUGAAAAUGUUACCUUAUUCUAUUUUAACUACUUCUGU